AUGCCUUCCACCAAGCAGCAACGGGCCCGCCGUCAGACCGCCCCCUCUGGCCCGCCGCGCAAACCAACUGCCAGUGAAACACAAAACAGUCUCUUGACCGUCGAGGAGAAGUCGCCCGACUUAUCCGAGUGGAAAGCGCCAGGAUGGAACAAUGAACUCGAUUUCUCGCAGUGGCUCAAUGGCGUCAAGGAUGAUAUGAUUGAAGAGAGCUACGAUGAGUACCAAAAUUGCUUAGACGAACUCGAACACUCGAAAGAUCAUAUCGACGAAAUAUUAGCCAACACUUUGAAUCUCCUCGACGACCUCUCCAGCUUAUCCGAAUCAUUCAAAUCAGUUGAGACCCAAACAUCGAACUUUGAAAAGCAAUGCGAAGGACUCUUGUCGGCUCAAGAAUGGGACACAAAGCUUGCGAAUGGAAUUCAGAACAACCUUCAUUAUUAUGAUUUCUUGGACCCUGCAUCACGGCGACUCAAUGCCCCCGGCGCAGGAAACACUGUCCGCGAUAAGGAGUUCUCCGAUAUGCUGAGACGAUUAGACGUGUGUUUGGACUACAUGGAGACUCAUCCCGAUCAAAAAGAGGCCGAGGUCUAUCGCUCUAGAUACCGGUUGCUUCUAACGCGCGCUCUGACCCUCAUCCGCGGCAACUUUGUGUCUUCACUCAAAGAUAUUCACCAAAACGUUUCCAAGAAAAUUUCGGAUCAGCAACUAAACGACACAGCAUUGUCGGCUCUCUUGUAUGCCAAGUUCAGGGUUGGGGCACCUGAAUUGAAGCAGAUUGGGGUCGAGAUCCAGAAAAGGGCUGUACCUCCGCUGAAUCCAGAUCAAAAUGACGAAGCGGAGUAUCAAAGUUUGAUGAACGAACUGCACAGCAACUACUCUGCUAUUCGUACAAAACUGAUUGUCCCCCUCGCCCGGAAAAAGUUGAUUGAAAUCACACAGACGCCUAGUUCAUCCAAAGACUUGGUUUCAUUUGCCCGAGCUAGUAUCAGUUACAUUCGCGGGCUGUGUCUUGAUGAAUAUGACCUAUGGGGAGAAUGGUUCCAUGGGCAGGGUGGCCUGUAUGAGUUCUUGGAAACGCUAUGCGAGCCACUAUACGAUCACCUUCGUCCUCGGAUCAUUCACGAGUCAGACAUCGUCAAGCUAUGCCAAUUGUGUAAUCUCCUCCAAACUCGUUACUUCUCAGACCCAGAAGAAGAACAAGAGCAAACCGACACGAAUCAUCUCGAUUUUUCUGGCUUGAUCCAGCCUGGUUUGCAAGACGUUCAAGCCCGACUUGUGUUCCGUGCACAGGCUGUCUUGCAUGAUGAAAUCGAAAGAUAUAAACCCCGACCAGAAGAUAUUGACUACCCCAUGCGAAAUAGACAGGUGUCCUUGACCGUGUCAGAUACCCAGAUUUCGGGAAAGAAAGACACCUCUGCGGACACCUUGAUCGACAUGACUGCCAAACCAGAGAUUGAGGCUGGUGACCUACCACAAGACUCCGACAGUAAAUGGGAUUUCGAGACCCAAACUGCCCUCAAGGGGUGGUAUCCUACUCUGCGGAAAGCGAUCUGGCUCCUUAGCAGGAUCUACCGCCUAGUAAAUUCCACUGUCUUUGAUGAUCUGGCCCACCAAAUUGUGCAUCAAACCACCCUCUCCCUCCAGAACGCUAGCUCCUUAAUUGCCGCCAAAGCCACACCAGCCGAUGGCCAACUCUUCUUAAUGAGUCAUCUCCUAAUUCUGAAGCAACAAAUUGUCGCCUUUGACAUUGAGUUCGUUGCCCCCGAAGUCUCUUUCGAUUUCUCUGGUGUAACCAGCACAUUCUGGGAGCUCCGCGAACGCGGCGGCCUCUUUAAUCCCCGCAACCUGAUGCGUCUUGUCGGCCACGGUCUCAUCCCGCGGGUCGUCGAAAACAUGCUUGACGCAAAGGUCGAGUUGGAUGGCCGCCUCCGCACGGUCAUCAAUGACUUUAUUAACGCUUUUGCUGCGCGCAUGACUGCCUCCCUCCCUGCCAAGUUUGUGGACACACGCAAUCUGCAGCGCGGCGAGCUCAUCCUGCCUUCCUGUCAUACAAUAGAAAAAGAAGUUCCCGGCCUACGGAAGGUACUGAACGAGUAUAUCGAUGACACGCGCAUGAAGGAAACUCUUGUCGGCGCUGUCCAGGACCGCACCAUUCAAAUCUAUGAGGACUUCUUCGAGAAGUACACCUCUUCGGAGAAAGGCAAAGGUCAUCACGUGAGCAAGAAGGGCAAGGGCCGGGACGAUGCCGUGUGGGAUGUCAACACCUUUGCCGAAUGGUGCGAGGGUGUGUUCCGCGUCGGCGUAUCAGGUUUGCAAGCUGACCUGCCCGAAGACGACGAUGACAUCCUCAGCACCAGCUCUUAG